AUGUCGAUCAUGGAUUGUAUAAAUUCGGUAGAUUCCUCAUCUCCAGUAGUACAAAAGUCUGCGAAUGACUUGAGGGAAUAUAAAGUGAUGCGUUUAUGCAAUAGGAUGAAAGUGCUUCUUAUAAGUGAUCCCGAAACAGAUAAAUCUGCAGUGUGUUUAUCUGUGAACAUUGGUUCGCUGUCGGAUCCGAAAGAACUGCCUGGUCUCGCACACUUUUGCGAGCAUAUGUUGUUUCUUGGUACGAAGUCAUUUCCGACAGAAAAUACCUAUUUGAAGUACAUAACCGAUCAUGGUGGUCACUGUAAUGCUUUCACGAGUCCAGAUAAAACUUCUUAUGUGUUUGAUGUUGCACCUGAAAGUUUGAUAGGAGCAUUGGAUAUUUUCUCACAAUUUUUCGUGUGCCCUCUUUUCACAGAUUCUGCAACAGAACGUGAGGUGAGUGCUGUACAGUCGGAACAUGAAAAGGAUAGUAGUAAUGAUACUAGACGUCUUUUUCAGCUAGAGCGAAACUUAUCGAAAGGUGGUCAUGAUUAUACGAAAUUCUUCUCCGGUAAUCGAUACUCAUUAUUUGAGUCCAGUUGUGCAAAAUCAGUGAAUACACGUGAAAAGUUGUUGCAGUUCUAUUCGACAUGGUAUUCGUCAAAUCUGAUGAGUCUAGUUAUUCUUGGAAGAGAAUCUAUAAAUGACCUACAGAAGCUUGCAGAAGAUAAUUUUUCGGAAGUUAUUGAUCGUAAUGUCGUGCAACCGUCAUGGAACGAUACUCCAUGGCCUGAUAUAUGUCUCAAGAAAAUGGUAUAUGUCGUCCCACUGAACGAUAUUCAUCAAAUGAAUAUAAUGUGGCCUAUUCCUGACUAUAUUCCAGACUAUACAGCUCAAGCCACUAGUUAUGUGACUUAUUUACUUGGUCAUGAAAAUCGUGGAAGUUUACUGAGUUUAUUCAAAAAUGCAGGCUGGGCCAAUCAACUAACAUGUGAUGUUAGUAGACAAGAAUUUGGGAUUUGUUAUCUGAAUGUGUUCGUUCAUUUAACUUUGAAAGGACUUGAGAAAAUCAAUGAAAUUAUAACAAAUAUAUAUCAAUACAUUAACAUGCUUCGCUCUGAUGAACCAAAAAGUUGGAUAUUUGAUGAAAUACAGACUUAUAACAUGCAAGAUGUCCUAACUAGUCCUCUUUUAGCAACUGUCUACGAUCCUAAUUUAAUUAAGAAACUUUUGACUUCUCUUAAUCCCGAUAACAGUCGCAUCUUUGUACUUAGUAAAACGUUUAUAGACAAAUGUGUCGAGGAAGAACCCUGGUAUCACACUAAAUACCUUGCUAUUAAUAUUCCUGAAAGUACCUUAUCAGCAUGGCGAAAUAGUUCUUCUAAUCCUGAAUUAAGAUUCCCUGUGCCGAAUCCAUCCAUUCCCACUGAAUUUGAUUUGGUGCAAAACAAAUACCCUACAAAUGUUGAAAUACCGAAAUUAUUAAUCGAAACAGAGAUGUCUCGUAUUUGGUACUUUCAAGAUACAGAAUUCAAUCUUCCUAAAGGUUUUAUCAAAUUUCAUAUUAUCAGUUUGUCAACAUUUUGUAGUCCUUUACAUGAAACACUUUGUGCGUUUUAUGUAAGCUUGUUUUUGGAUCAGAUUUAUGAACUUAAUUACUCUAAUAUGCUUGCUGAUAUAACAGUUAAUGUGGGAUAUACUAAUAGAGGUAUCACGCUUUUAUUUUCAGGAUUUACCUAUAAAUUGAAAAGUGUUGUCGAGGAAAUAGUAGCACAACUUGUCGAUUAUUGUGAACCAAAAACUGAUCGUUUCGAAUUCAUCCGUGAGAAAAUUUCUCAAAAUAUUACCAAUUUUUCGGUGAAACCUUCUCAUUAUCAGGCCUGUACAUAUUUAACAAAUAUUACUUUACAUCAUUCUUGGAUUAAUGAUGAUUUUAUUCAAGCUCUACAAGAUAUUACCUACGAAAAGUUGGUUAAUUAUAUUAAAGAGUUUUAUGAACUCAUUUUUAUCGAAGGCCUUAUAUAUGGCAAUAUCACCGAAGAGAAUGCAAUAAAUUAUUACGAAAUGAUUCGAGGUCUGUUAAUACGGAAAUUUAGUUCUAAACCACUUUUGCUAUCUCACAUCACAACACCUCGAGAAGUUAUAAUUCCUGAAGGUUCCAGUUUUCUUUAUCAACGAUAUAUUUCCAGUCAACCAGCUUCUGCGAUUUACUAUUACCUUCAAUGUGGUGAACAAUCUACGCUUAACAAUACAUUACUUCAUCUGUUUUAUCAGAUUGUAAGAGGACCCACUUUCGAUAAAUUAUAUACAGAACAACAACUGGGUUAUAUUGUACAGGCUGGACUCCGACGAUCCAACAAACUACAAGGUUUUCGUAUUUUAGUACAAUCAUCUUAUCAUCCUAAUAAAAUUGAUAAAUGUAUCGAAGAAUUUCUACUUACUGUAAAUAAACUGUUAGAAGAUAUGUCUGACGAAGAAUUUAAUGUUCAUGUGCAAUCCCUCUUGACACACUUACUGGAAAAACCGAAAGGUAUGCAAGAUCGAUUUGGGCGUUUAUGGUCUGAAAUUGCUUGUAGACAUUAUAAUUUCAAACGACAUGUACAUGCGGUUAGUGUGCUGAAAUCACUUAAAAAGAAUAGCGUUCUCGAUUUUUUUAAAAAGUAUAUUGAUCCUUCAUCAUGUACAAGAAGAAAAUUAGUAAUUCAAAUAAUAUCGAGUGAGAAAUAUUUACAUGAAUCAGAAUUUAGUAUUCAUAGCAAAAAGGUAGUCGUCUUAAAUGAUCAUACGGAAUUGAAACGUUACUGUCCGUUGAGUUCUUUAACGAAACCAUUCAUGAUGUUCACAUCCAAGUGUGAAGGGAUUUCACUACGAUUUUAA